AGUUCUUUGUCAGCUUUCGUGAAGCAAUGAUCGCACCAAGUGAGAAGUAGCUACCUACCGUUUGCAGUACUCACAAGUGACAGCUACUGCAUGUAGCGGUGUAGUAGUAAUACAAGUGUUUAUAACAUAGCAAAAAACAAAAAAAUAAAAAUCAUGAAACUAAGUAAAGUGUUUAAUCACAAGUUUGUGCUGGCAAGCUGUAACCUAAUAUUCAUGUUAUGUGGCAUCACGCUGCUUUCCACCGGGUUUUACCUUUUCACCGAUUCACCGAGGAUUCUGCUAUCUCGCUUGCUAAUAUCAGCAUCCGAUCAGCAAAAGACGCCCUUAUCCGAACUGGAGCAGCCGCUAUUUCACUAUGUGGCGUUUGCACUGACCACGGCAGGUCUCGUGGCCAUUAUUGCCUCCUUGAUUGGUUGUUGGGCCACAUGUAUGAACACGUAUUGUGUUUUAAGUAUGUACUUUCUCAUUAUUCUCUCUUUACUGGUGGCUGAGUUUGGCGUAUGUCUCAUGAUCACUGCGUGGCCUCAGUGCUUAGGAUUAAACCUCAACGAAACCGCAAUGGUUAAGGCACUCCAAGCCAACUAUGGCGUGCCCGGUAAUGAGCAAUUUACAGCAGCAAUGGACUUGGCGCAAACCAUUUUCGAAUGCUGUGCCAUCAACACGAGUAUCAACUACGAUACAUCACUGUGGAAGCUGCAAAGCUUGGGUAAAAAGGAACUAACGGUUCCGUUAACGUGCUGCAAGCUGGUGAAUCGGUUCGAAUUUACGGCGUACCUCGAUCCGGUUCCACUCAAUGCAACUCUUUGCCAGGCGCUACAAACUCAAGAUUAUGAAAAAAGUCGCCAUUUGGAUGGCUGCCUGCAUAAAAUUGAGCUGUGGUAUCGAGAGCAGUAUUUUCUGUUUCUUUGCGCUGGACUAAUUGUAGCGGUGGUCGAGUUUUGCGUUUUGCUUAGCAUUAUUUUAAGCUGUACCAAGCUGCCCCGGAAGAACCAUGCGGCGCAAAUGCUGCGAACAAAUCCGUUGCCCCAUAUUCCAAUACCGGCAUUGCCGGCAAACCGUCGGGUCCGGGAUAAUAUCUACGAGCAUGAGCUGCCUACGCCCAUUCCCGUACCAACCAUCCGGGAAACGUACAUACAACCAAAGGAAUAUGCCAAACAACGUUCCGAUGCGGCUUUUAACAAUAAUUCUCACUAUUAUCAGAUCUCAAAAAGCUACCUCGUGUAG